UAUAUAUAGAAUUAUAGAUACACAUAUACGUAACUGAGACGCGCCCCCCUUUCUCACAAAGCAGAAUCGACUCCCGUUCGGCUGUUGUUGUUGUUCUGAGUUUCAAUUCUUUCUCACAGAUCCCUAAUUUUUUUUUUCUCCGUCUCGCUCAAAACCCUAACGAUUCAGCACUUGUUAGCUCUGUUUCAUCAGUGCAUUGCAGCAAUCAUCUCUCUGAUUCUUCCAUUCAAUUCCAAUUCUUGGGAUGAGAAUUGGAGGAUGAACGAUGCCGGUACUGCGUGGCGGAGUGCGCAGAGGCAGGGGAGGGAAGCAGCAGCAGAAACUGAAAAACAACGACGGUAAUAACACCAACAAUAAUCCAAAUCAGGAAAAUAAUAUCAAUAAUUAUCAGGCUGUUGAGGAAAACGCGGCAAUCGCUACUCGAACGAGGAGGAGAAGAGCGGCGGCGGCGGGAGUUGCUGUCCCAGUUGGUGAACGUGUAGUUGCUGCAGCGGCAGUGGCAGCAGCGCCUGAAGUUAAGGUGAUUGAAAAGAAGCGAGUUUUAGAGGAAAAGAAAGAAGAGGUCGGAGAGAAAGAGAUGGAUGAUAAUGAGAGUGGUGGGAAAAGCCCCGACAAGGCUAACGGCGGCGAUGAUGACUUAGCGGCUGCGCCUCUCCCCGAGAAGGUGCAAGUUAAUGGUUCUCCAUUGUACAGAGUUGAAAAGAAACUUGGCAAGGGAGGUUUUGGACAAGUGUAUGUUGGUCGUCGUAUCACUGGUGCUAGCGCUAAUGAAAGGACAGGUCCUGGAGCCAUUGAAGUGGCCAUAAAAUUUGAACACCGUAAUAGUAAAGGAUGUAAUUACGGUCCACCUAAUGAAUGGCAAAUUUACAAUACUCUUGGAGGAAGCCAUGGUGUACCACGUGUUCACUACAAAGGCCGACAGGGCGACUAUUAUGUGAUGGUCAUGGAUAUGCUCGGACCAAGCUUGUGGGAUGUUUGGAAUAAUAAUGCCCACACGAUGUCUGUUGAAAUGGUGGCUUGCAUCGCUAUUGAAUCAAUUUCCAUAUUGGAGAAACUACACGCAAGAGGGUAUGUCCAUGGGGAUGUGAAGCCUGAGAAUUUCUUGCUCGGUUCACCCGGAACUCCCGACGAGAAAAAGCUAUACCUGGUUGAUCUUGGUUUAGCUACUAGAUGGAGAGAUGUCACUUCUGGACAGCACGUUGAUUAUGAUCAACGACCAGAUGUUUUCAGGGGAACUGUUCGGUACGCCAGUGUUCAUGCGCAUUUAGGUAGAACUGGUACUAGGAGAGAUGAUUUGGAAUCUCUUGCUUACACACUCGUUUUCCUUUUGCGUGGACGUCUGCCUUGGCAAGGAUACCAGGGUGAGAAUAAAGGAUUUCUUGUUUGCAAGAAGAAAAUGGCAACAUCACCAGAGGCGCUUUGCUGCUUCUGUCCACAACCAUUUAAGUCUUUUGUGGAAUAUGUGGUAAAUUUGAAGUUCGACGAGGAACCUAAUUAUGCUAAAUGCAUCUCCCUCUUUGAUGGGAUAGUCGGACCGAAUCCAGAGAUUAGACCUAUCAACACUGAUGGUGCACAGAAGCUUAUCUAUCAGGUUGGUCACAAGAGAGGACGUUUGAGUUUUGAAGAUGAGGAAGAAGAACAACCUAAAAAGAAAGUUCGUAUGGGGAUGCCUGCCACACAAUGGAUCAGCAUUUAUAAUGCUCGUAAACCCAUGAAACAAAGGUAUCACUAUAACGUGAUGGAUGCGAGGCUUGCCCAGCACAUUGAUAAGGGAACAGAAGAUGGGUUAUACAUCAGUUGCGUAUCUUGUUGUCAAAAUCUGUGGGCACUAAUAAUGGAUGCUGGCACGGGCUUCACUGAACAAGUUUAUGAGCUAUCACCUUUCUUUCUUCACAAGGAAUGGAUAAUGGAACAAUGGGAAAAGAAUUUUUACAUCAGUGCAGUUGCAGGGGCAAGCAAUGGCAGUUCCUUAGUAGUAAUGUCGAAAGGCACACAGUACUUGCAGCAGUCGUAUAAAGUUAGUGAUUCAUUUCCGUUUAAGUGGAUAAACAAAAAGUGGAGGGAAGGUUUCUAUGUUACCUCCAUGGCCACAUCAGGGGCAAGAUGGGCAGUUGUUAUGUCUCGUGGUGCUCCAUUCUCAGACCAGGUUGUGGAACUCGAUUUUCUUUAUCCAAGUGAGGGCAUCCAUCGGCGCUGGGAUCAUGGAUUCCGUAUAACUUGUACUGCAGCAACUCCUGACCAGGCAGCUCUUGUAUUGAGUGUACCGAAAAGAAAACCAGUUGAUGAAACACAGGAGACUCUUCGUACAUCUGCGUUUCCUAGUACACAUGUCAAGGAAAAAUGGGCGAAGAAUCUUUAUCUUGCGUCGGUUUGCUAUGGUCGUACAGUUUCUUAGUGUCUGGAAAAUUUUCCAGGUUUGGAGAAAUUUAGAAGCAGCAGCAAGCUUAGCUGUAGUAUGAGUAAAUAGGGUAUCGUUUCAGUCAGGGUCUUGCAGUAUAAAAUGCAUAAGGGGUGUGUAUGCGUUUUUAUUAUCGCCAUAAAAUGUGUUUUUUUACUCGUUUAGAGACUUUUUAUUAGUUUUUAUAGUGCCCAGUUUGGGCAUUUGGAUGGAAUUCUUGAUACUUUUGUGUGGUUUAUUAUUAGUUCACCUCCAAUUCUGAUAUUCUUGGUAAUUAUGAUUAUUGUUCAUGUCUCUAA